AUGAGUUUGUUGGUGACCCUUGGACUGGCUCAACCGGCAUCAUCAUCACCAUCACCACCCACUCUACUACUACCAAGUACGUUGUCAACCUCCAGUGGUAAUGGUUGUGGUAUGAUUGGUAGUAGUUCGACGAAUCAUCAUCUCCAUGGAGCGUCGUCUUCUUUGGUGUUGUUGGGCAGUACUAAUAGUAGCCGACCACCAUUGGCUUCUUCUUUCAUUCCCAAAAGCAAUACAUGUUCGACCAUGGUUCUUCAAGAUACAAAAAGCAAGGCACUUCCAAACAGGAGCACGACCGGGAGUGCUGCUUCUACUACUACUACUACCACUACCAUAUUCUCUCGUCGGAAGUUUGUUUCUUCUUCUUGUCUGGAUUCCUGCAACGAAAGGAACACAACCUCCAUCAACAAUGGUCAUCAUGAAGGAGAAUUACAACACAAACAGAAAAGCAGCAAGAACAACAAUAGUUGUAUUAAUACAACGACCACAACAACAAGCAACACAAAGCAUGGUAUUCAUCAUUCUUCCUCUCUCUUUUUCAACAAACAUUUAAAGUAUAUCGGCUACAAACUCCAUGUCCUUCUCCUCUCGAGUAUUCGAUGGAGCGUGAUGAUUUUCUCGGGAUGUAUGGCUGGCAAUAUUCUCUCCACGUUCCUUCCACUCUUCUUUAUUCUUUGCUUAUGUGUGGGUAUUAGCAUUGUAUUUGUUGCCAUUAUGAAGACUUUGGCACCUUAA